AUGCUUCAUACAGCUAUUCGUCGCACUGGAUUUGCUGCGCUGAACAACUUUAGAUUUCAGUCACGCACUCCGAGAGUAAUCCGAUCAUUUUCGGUAUUUGGUGCUCGCAGGGGAGACGCUUCACCUAGCCUUAUCGGCCCGGGUGCAAAGACAGGCAGCAUUCCCACGGAUUUAGAACAGGCAACUGGUCUCGAGAGAGCCGAAUUACUUGCUAAAAUAGAGGGACAUGAACUUUUUGAUAUGAAACCGCUGAUAUUGACUCAUCUGGGUACUAAGACCAAUCCUAUUCUCGUCAAAAGUGUUGAUCCUGAACGUUAUGUUGGGUGCACCGGCUACCCUAGCGAUUCGCACGAGAUUCUCUGGUUGAAAUUGGAAAAGGAUCAUGAAUUUGACAGAUGCCCCGAGUGCGGCGGUGUCUACAAACUAGUUUUCGUAGGUAGUGAUGGUGACG